CACACUGAUAUUACUGAAAUACAAAACGAUGAUACGAUACUGUGGCUGUUUGGACCUAAAGAUUCUGUCGUAUCUCAAAUAACGAGAAAGGCAGAUUUUACUUCACUUUUUGUCACCGAUGAUAUGGCAUUCAGAGGCAGAUUACAUUUGGACCAAAAGACUGGAUCUCUGACCAUCAGAAACACCAGAAUCAGACACUCGGGACAAUAUAAACUCACCGUCUCGAGACAACAGACUACCACAAAGAUAUUUAUUGUUACUGUCUUUGGUAUGGUUGGUGAGACGGAUGAAGUGAAGGCAGAGUCGGUGAUGGAGGGAAAGUCUGUCACUCUAUGGAAUCAUGUUGAAGUACAAAGAGACAAUCUGAUAGUCUGGAGGUUUGGAGAUAAAGGCAUCCUCCUGGCUAAAUUUGAUGUGGAAACUAAUGAAACCUCAUUAAACAAUGAUGACGAGAGAUUCAGAGACAGACUGCAGUUGAAUCCAAAUGGAUCUUUGACUAUUAUUGACACCAAAACUGUACACACUGGACUUUAUGAGCUACAGAUCAGAGGCCGUGAGAGCGCACAGCGAUUCCUUCUUUCUGUCACUGCUGUUUCAGGUCUGUCUCCAGGUGUCGUAGCAGGGAUUGUUGUUGCUGUUUUUGUGGUGGUUAUAGUUCUGGCUGCUGUUGUGAUUUACUAUCACCGCAGGAUCUUUAAACUAAAGAAAAAAAUGGUGAAGAACAUGACAGAGGGACUGUCUACCCGCUGCUCUUACUAAAAUAGAGAAAGAUGAUACGAUACAGUGGUAUUAUGAAGCUGAUAACAGUUGCAUUGCUGAAUUCAAUGCAGAGGACAGGAACUGAUGAGAGAUUCAGAGGCAAACUGAACUUGGAUGUUCAGACUGGAGAUCUCAGUAUUAUGAGAAAAGGCAAUACUAAAGGCUAGUAUAGUUUACACAU